AUGAUUGGGGGUGAAAAUGCGGGAAUGUCUACAAUACCGGGAUUGAAUCAGAUACAAUUUGAAGGGUUUUGUAGGUUCAUUGAUCGGGGCUUAAGAGAAGAACUUUAUAAGUUUCCAAAAAUGGAAGAUCUGGAUCAAGAAAUCGAAUUUCAAUUAUUUGCGGAAACAUACCAAUUGGUAGAACCCUUGAUAAAAGAAAAAGAUGCUGUAUAUGAAUCACUUACAUAUUCCUCUGAAUUAUAUGUAUCUGCGGGAUUAAUUUGGAAAAACAAUAAGGAUAUCCAAGAACAAACAAUUUUUAUUGGAAAUAUUCCUCUAAUGAACUCCUUGGGAACUUCUAUAGUAAAUGGAAUUUAUAGAAUUGUAAUCAAUCAAAUAUUGGAAAGCCCUGGUAUCUAUUAUCGGUCAGAAUUGGACCAUAACGGUAUUUUGGUCUAUACUGGCACUAUAAUAUCGGAUUGGGGAGGGAGAUUAGAACUAGAGAUUGAUAGAAAAGCAAAGAUAUGGGCUCGUGUCAGUAGGAAACAGAAAAUAUCUAUUCUAGUUCUACUAUCAGCUAUGGGUUUGAAUUUAAACGAAAUUCUAGAGAAUGUUUGCUAUCCCGAACUCUUCUUGUCUUUCUUGAAUGAUAAGGAAAAAAAAAAAAUUGGGUCAAAAGAAAACGCCAUUUUGGAGUUUUAUCAACAAUUUGCUUGUGUAGGCGGAGAUCCUGUAUUUUCUGAAUCUUUGUGCAAGGAAUUACAAAAAAAAAUUUUUCACCAACGAUGUGAAUUAGGAAGGAUUGGUCGACGAAAUCUGAAUCGAAGAUUGAAUCUUGAUAUACCUCAGAACAAUACAUUUUUGUUACCACGAGAUAUAUUGGCAGCUGCCGAUCAUUUGAUUGGAAUGAAAUUUGGAAUGGGUACACUUGAUGAUAUGAAUCAUUUGAAAAAUAAACGUAUUCGUUCCGUAGCAGAUCUCUUACAAGAUCAAUUCGGAUUGGCUCUGGUUCGUUUAGAAAAUAUGGUUAGAGGAACUAUAUGUGGAGCAAUUAGACUUAAAUUGAUACCGACUCCUCAGAAUUUGGUGACUUCAACUCCACCAACAACUACUUUUGAAUCUUUUUUUGGAUUACAUCCAUUAUCUCAAGUUCUGGAUCGAACCAAUCCAUUGACCCAAAUAGUUCAUGGUAGAAAAUUGAGUUAUUUGGGCCCCGGAGGGGUGACGGGGCGAACUGCUAGUUUUCGGAUACGAGAUAUCCAUCCUAGUCAUUAUGGACGCAUUUGUCCAAUUGAUACGUCUGAAGGAAUCAAUGUUGGACUUAUUGGAUCUCUAGCUAUUCAUGGGAGAAUUGGUCGUUGGGGGUCUAUAGAGAGUCCAUUUUAUGAGAUUGAUAAGAGAUCAAAAAGAAUACGGAUGCUUUUUUUACCACCAAGUAGAGAUGAAUACUAUAUGGUAGCUACAGGAAAUUCUUUAGCACUGAAUCGAAGUAUUCGGGAGGAACAGAUUGUCCCAGCGCGAUAUCGUCAAGAAUUUCUGACUAUUGCAUGGGAACAGGUUCAUCUCCGAAGUAUUUUCCCCUUUCAAUAUUUUUCUAUUGGAGUUUCGCUCAUUCCUUUUAUCGAGCAUAAUGAUGCGAAUCGAGCUUUAAUGAGUUCAAAUAUGCAACGUCAAGCAGUUCCGCUUUUUCGGUCCGAAAAGUGCAUUGUGGGAACGGGAUUGGAACGCCAAGUAGCCUUAGAUUCGGGGGCUUCCGCUAUAGCGGAACACGAGGGAAAGAUCUUUUAUACCGAUACUGAAAAGAUCCUUCUAUUGGGCAAUGGGGAGACUUUAAACAUCCCAUUGGUUAUGUAUCAAGGUUCUAAUAAAAAUACUUGCAUGCAUCAAAAACCUCAAGUUCAACGUGGUAAAUGCAUAAAAAGGGGUCAAAUUUUAGCGGACGGUGCUGCUACAAUUUGCGGCGAACUUGCUUUGGGAAAAAACAUAUUAGUAGUUUAUAUGCCAUGGGAGGGUUACAAUUCUGAAGAUGCUGUACUCAUCAGCGAACGUCUGGUCUAUGAAGAUAUUUAUACUUCUUUUCACAUACGGAAAUAUGAAAUUCAAACUCAUGUGACAAGCCACGGUCCUGAAAAGAUCACUAAGGAAAUCCCACACCUAGAAGCCCAUUUACUCCGAAAUUUAGACAAAAAUGGAAUUGUUACCCCCGGAUCUUGGGUAGAGACGGGCGAUAUUUUAGUGGGGAAAUUAACGCCUCAAAUGGUACAAGAAUCCUCGUAUGCCCCGGAAGAUAGAUUAUUACGAGCUAUACUUGGAAUUCAGGUAUCCUCCUCAAAGGAAACUUGUCUAAAACUACCUAUAGGCGGUAGAGGUCGGGUUAUUGAUGUAAGAUGGAUUCAAAAAAAAAGAGGUUCCAAUUAUAAUCCAGAAACUAUUAGAAUAUAUAUAUUGCAGAAACGUGAAAUCAAAGUAGGUGAUAAAGUGGCCGGGAGACAUGGAAAUAAGGGUAUCGUUUCCAAAAUUUUGCCUAGACAGGAUAUGCCUUAUUUGCAAAAUGGAAGACCCGUUGAUAUGGUCUUCAACCCAUUAGGAGUUCCGUCAAGAAUGAAUGUAGGACAGAUAUUUGAAUGCUCACUCGGAUUAGCGGGGGAUAUGCUAGAUAGACAUUAUCGAAUAGCACCCUUUGAUGAGAGAUAUGAGCAAGAGGCUUCGAGAAAACUAGUAUUUUCUGAAUUAUAUGAAGCCAGUAAACAAACGUCGAAUCCGUGGAUAUUUGAACCCGAGUAUCCGGGCAAAAGCAGAAUAUUUGAUGGAAGAACAGGGAAUCCUUUUGAACAGCCUGUUAUAAUAGGAAAGCCUUAUAUCUUGAAAUUAAUUCAUCAAGUUGAUGAUAAAAUACACGGACGUUCUUGUGGGCAUUAUGCACUUGUUACGCAACAACCCCUUAGAGGAAGGGCUAAACAAGGAGGACAGCGCGUAGGUGAGAUGGAGGUUUGGGCUCUCGAGGGAUUUGGUGUUGCUCAUAUUUUGCAAGAGAUGCUUACUUAUAAAUCUGAUCAUAUUAAAGCUCGUCAAAUAGUACUCGCGACUACGAUCAUUGGACGAACAAUACCAAAACCCGCGAACGCUCCAGAAUCCUUUCGAUUACUCGUUCGAGAACUACGAUCUUUAGCUAUGGAAUUGAAUCAUUUCCUUGUAUCUGAGAAGAACUUCAGGAUUCAUAGGAAGGAAGCUUAA